UAUCGAUAAUUUAACACAACACAAAUGUGCGAAACGUUGAUACACACAUCAAUCAAUCUAUUGUUCGUUCCUCCAUCGAGAGCACACGUGGUCUUUAGGAAAGUUGUGCAUUGUCUCGCGUGUAAGGUGAAAAUCUAGCCAUCUGUCGGUCGGACUGGCCCACGGCGAUCACUGUAACAAUUUCACCUGUGAACCUACAUGUAGAUGUCUGUUGGUGUAGAUGUUUUGAUUGGAAGAUUAAGGUGAACGUCACCAUGGAAACAGCAGGAGAGGAUUUAGAGUCGGCUAGGGCUGGUUACCCUAAGCUACAGACAGAGAGUGAUGUUCAACUCCACCAGCCAGAUCUGGAACAGUUGAAACAUGACAGAUUUGAACGCAACAGACAUGUCAUGGAGACACUUGACAAGAGGGCUGCCAAAGCAGCAUUUCCACAGGUGUCACCACUAGACAAGUACGAGCAAGCUGCGCUGUGUAUACAGAGGAAUUACCGUGGCUACAUCGGCAGGAAACUCUAUACAGACUUUCUCUACGACAAGUAUGCCAAGGAAGAGCAGGCGCGCUUGGAAAAGAUGCUAGCCCAGUAUGAAGAGGGGGAACUGUUAGUAGAAAAUCACAAGUUAGAAGUUCUGUUGGAUGAUAACACAACGACCCGCAGGAACCGCUCCCGAAAUUACCUGUCUCAUGUAAUCACUAUACAAAGAGCAUGGCGAUCCUACUCCAGGAGGAAGCGCAUUGUUGACAGUGAUUCAGACGACGACUCCAUUGAGGAGCUUGAAGAACUUAAGAUAUUACAUGAUGGCAGUGAGAAGCAAAAGAUGACCCAGACAAACCCGGACUGUUCACCCCAAAGUGAGGCUGUACAUGUUGUCUUGGAGGAUGCGUCUCAAUCCGAGAGUCUUAAUAAACGGGACUCAUCAGAGGAGAAGGAUUACUACAUAGAAAAGCGUAGUUCCUCCGAGGAUAAAGAGUAUUCCCCAGGACCCCUGUUUACCUCCCCUGCCCACAGACUUGUUAGCAAAGUUCGCUAUGAACACGAUAGUGAUUCACUAUCAUCAGACUAUUCCGAGUUUUCCGCCCCACUUAAGGAUCUAGCUGACAGUGAGGUCACCAUUAUACAGCGUCAACAGUUAGCGGAGGGCAAUAUUCAGCAAUCUAUGAGAACUACGUCGAGCAAUGUGAUAAGAAAACCCUUUGAGUCGGAAGAGGACUUUAGCAGACGUAUCAGAAAACUUAAUUUUUUAAGCAUUGCACAGGAAUUUGCUGAACUUAAAAAAGUGAAUUGUGAUAUAUUACCGUUUGACCUUCAUAAAGGUCAACAGUUUUCUGAGAGUUCCUGCAGUGACACUAGCUCUGCCCCGGCUUCACAAAUCUCUUCAGAAAUGAAUACUCCCAGUGAUCCGUCGGAUUCGUUUGUGCAACUCAAUAAUGGGGUAAACAAUCUCAUGUCAAAAGAUCUUAAUAGCAAUAUCAACAAUGGCAAUGUUGAUGAGAGGGAUAACAAUUCGUUGUCGACGGCGACAAGACGCUCAAAUACAACUAAUGAUAAUCUUCCACCACAUACUUCCACUACAGACACUUCCUCCACUGUCUCCACUGUCAGGGUGGCAAAACGCAGCAGAGAUCUAGAAGAGGAAAAUAGCAACAAGGGAGAUAAGUCAGAUGUGACUGAUAGUGAUAGGGGAGAUAACCCUUACAAUGAUGAGGGUGAAGGUGAUUUUGAUGUGUACAACAUAGAAACAGCCGUUCCGCAGAUGAACUGGGAAAUACUCGGACAACAGUUAGAACAAGUGACUUUGCAUCAACAGUCUCUACAGCGACAACGACAGCAGCAAGCAGAACUACAGCAGCAACCAGAACAGAAACCUCGGUCACAGCGUAAUGACCGCGAGGAGAUCCGUCGGAAGCUGGCCAUGGGGGGUCUGGAGGAGGAUUACUACGGUGGAGAGAGGUCGUAUAAAAAACCCAACCUCUCCAAAAGGCUCCAGAGCGGUAUGAACCUACAGAUCUGUUUUAUGAAUGAAUCCCCGGGGGAGGAGCCCGACCCUGUUAAAUCUUCACCUCAAAAGUCGGACCUGUUCCAGGAGGACAAGAUUUCUUCAAAACUUUCCAAAUUUUUUCAAAAUAAGACUAUGAUGAACAAACUCGAUUCGACAGAUGUCAAAAAUUCUUUAGCUGCUGGAAGUAAUCCAGAUUUGUCAGACAACAAAAUGUCCAUGGCUGCUGAGAGGACAGGCAAGUCCGGGCCACCUGGUGCCAAACAACUCACAGAUGAGGAUUUCUUUAAGAAACAAGCCCGACUCCAAAGGGAAGCCAAAAUAGCCCUGGCACAAGCAAGUACUAUGGCUCAUAUGCAGCUGGAGGUCGAGAAACAGAUGAAGAAGAAAUCGCCUGUAACUGACAUCGUUGGUCUUCCUUUGCUGGGGGACCGAAUUAUGUCCUGGGGCAACAAACCUCUCCACGAGAUGAACCUGGCACAAUUACAAGUUCUUGUCAACGACCUUCAUUCACAGAUAGAAAAGCUGAAUGAGGAUCUGGUGCGCCUUCUAAUGGAGCGUGACGAGCUACACAUGAGCCAGGAUUCCAUGUUGGUGGACAUCGAGGAUCUCACAAGGAGAGCCGAAGACAAAGCUAAGAAAUUCAACACACAGCCUGGGAAGAAGGGAAGUAACUCUAAACGAUCUUGACAGGAGGUUUCGCUGUAGUGUUGUGGAGUAUGUCCCGAAAUCCAUUCCAAAAUUCCAUAGUCUUCCAGACUGGCCAACACCUGCUUACAACAAACCUGGAAACAGGCAAUGUCCAUCACAGUGACCACUGUCCAGCUGAAAAAGAAUUACUGUGCUUGACCAUCAGUUAACAUGUAGCUUUCAGCCUGGAAUGCUGGCUUAUACUGCUGUGAAUGCCAUUUCUGUGGAAUGCUAGCGUGCAGAUUAGAUUCCAGGUGUGUCAAUCUCCAGGUGUGUACGGCUCAUGGUCUGUUUAGUGUACAGACCACUAACUGUAAAUACUCUUUGUAAUUACAUGAUUACUGUCAGUAAUUACAGUAAUUACAAACAACCUUAACAAAGUGACUACAGCAAAUGCCAGUAGCCUAUCGUGGCAUAGGACUGCAAUAGACAGAUCAAAGUUAAGCCACAUGCAAUGUGUAAACUUGAACACAGAGACUGACAUACAUUUACUACAUAAAUUGUAUACAGACAUUAACUGACCCACGAUACCAGCUCCAAACUAUAUAUAAUAUGAAAAUACCAAUAUUCGGAUGUUUCCAGGAAAACUCAAGAUAUCGAGGAAGCCAUGGUUUCAUUGGGAGUAUAUAGUGCUGUGUAGUGGGUAUGGAGAGUCCCAUGUUUAAGGCAUUUGUACCAAGUGGAGGAUUACACAGUACAUUUGUAUGUAUGGGACCAUUCUAAGUCAGUAGUGGUGCGUAAUUGGCCAUCUUAGGCCUGUGAGUCGGAUUCUGUGAUCUACGAAUAUCGGGAAAGAAUCAGACAAAGACAAAAGCUAUGUGAUUUAUCCUAAUACAAGACAUAAAAUCAAACUCCCCAGACUAGCUAAAUAAAGCAGUGCUUGGCUUGGCCAGGGAGAGUAAUAUAUAUGUUGUAUGUUAGAUUGAAGAAUGAAAUUGGGUGCAAAUGUAGAUAUAAAUCCGCGUGAAUUGUUGACUCUAAAUUGUACACUAACUGAAAGACGUCUUUUUCAGAGGUUGGCAUUAGUUUUGUUUGUCACAUCAAAUUUUCAAAUAGUGUAGGUGUGAUGGCUGAUCGAAACCUGAUUUAAUCAUUUUAUGAUGGUUUGAUAGUGUCAAAAGUGUGAUAAUAGUGUACGAUGCUACUGCAAAAUAAUAUUUUUUAACGUUUUUUUCUUAACCUAUAACAUUCUAUGAAACGCGUCAACGUUGCCCUCAUUCAAUUUUAAAUGCAGAUGGAUGAACAAAGUCUUUCUAUAGCAGGUCUUUUCCAUUGAAUCAGUCACACAAAAUUUCUGUAGCCACACAUAUUUAAGGAUUAACCUUUUUACCCCUAUGUAACUUAAGUAGGCUCUACAAUGCAUUGAUAUGGAAGAGUCCAUUAUGGUCUACAGUGGUGAAAGGGUUAAGUAAGAGCGGUUAUUUUCUUACUAAUUUUUUGCAGUGGUUUCUCGCAUCAAUAUCAUGCAGAUAUUUGCCCAUGAUCCUUUCAGCAAGAAUUAAUUCAUAACGAAAGAAUUCACAUGUGAUUAAAUUAUAUAACAAGGGUCAGUUUGUCAUAUUGUACAGGUUACUUGUAUUUUCAUGAAUAAACUGUGAUAUAAACUAUGUACUAUAGCACGUGUGUGGUGGUGACCUUGCUAGUAGAGCUGGUAAUGUUACCUUUGAACUUUGACCCCGUUUUACGAUUGAGAGCCCCUCCACUUUCUGCUGUAUGCAUGUGUUUAAAAACUAUUUCCCUUUGGAAUUCCUCAACAUCUCUAGAAAGACUUUAUAGAUUGCAGGUUUUUUUAAGGAGUUAGAACAUUUCAAAAAUUGCUCACAGUAAUGUUGUAUAAACAUAAAAAUAUGAUAACAACAGUGCAGUGGAAAUCUGCCUGCUUUAUAGUCAAGAGUCCCAGAUAACUGAUCACCAUUGCUCAGAUAUUAAGUAUUUUUUGAAAUUAUAACGCACACUUUCCCUGAGUAAAUAUGCAAGAAACUCCAAAUUCAAUUUGGAAUUCUUCUCUAUUGGAGAUAAAACAUAGAGCAAUGGGACUAACUACCUUAAUUGGAACCUAAUUAUAUAUAUAAUGGCAAGGUAUGUAAACUUGUCAUAGGAGAUACAUUGUAUUUUGAAAUGUUUACUUGGUUGCACACUUGAAUGAAACAAGUGUGGUCAUGAAAUCAUAAAACUGUCAAUAUUCAAAGUACAUUCUAAAUCUGUUAUUUACUCAAUAUCUAUAUUGAUUUUAUCAACUAGAAGUGAUACUUCUAUUUUAAACUGUAUUAUUAUCACAAAGUUUAGCCUAUUGUGUGCAAACUUUUAAUUCAGCUUGAGUGGGGUUAGAGGUCAUAUGUGAUAUUCUGAUUGGAUAUGAGUAAGAGGUCAUUUGUGAAAGAUUUUGUGGGGUUAGAGGUCAAGUGUGACAUUCUUAUUAGAUGUACAUUUCUUUGCUGAAAGUGUAUUUUAAAGUAAAAAUAUGUCAGUGGUUCAUUAAUUUUGUUGUUAACAAAGUAAAAUUUCAUUAAAAAGUUACUUUCUAGAGAAGUAGUUUUUAUGGAUGCCACUGAAUGAUCUACGCUAGUAUACUUGUUUGUCAUGGAAGAGAAUUAGCUAAGAGAGUUUGUUACCCAGUAUUUUUAUCAAAUACACAUGUUUGUCUCGACAUAAUCAGACAUUUUCGUUGGCAUUUUUUAUAAGCUGUCACUUAUUUGUAUGAAAUAUUUACGCUGGCCGUUGUUACUGACUUGCUGUGUGAAUUAUGAGUUGCUGGUUGUGUUUUGAGUGGCUACGCUAUUAGUUAUGUCUGUACCGAAGUAAUAUAUACACUACAUUCAUAUGCAACCGUUUUAUUAUGUCUCGACAGUUGACCUGCAUCGUCUCAUCCUGGAGGCAAAUUUAUCUAAACAUGCCGCUUCCACGAUUUAUCAGGUACAAUGUAUACAAGUAGAAAGGAGUUUGUUUGUUCCAAUUUUGUUUAAAAACAACUCAUUUUUGUUGUCAAACAAAUUCUGUAUAGAAGUUGAAUCUGACGCAAAAUCAAGAUUUCAUUAUCCCUGUUCUGUAUGCGAUAAUCAACAUAGCUUAUCUCAUGUUUUAUGCAAUGUUUGUUUCUCGCCACUUUUCCCGUUCUGCAUAAUGCUUCAACACUAAACAAUGCGUCUUCAUAUUCCAGGGGUUUCGUUCUUAAUAUCACAUAUGUACUCUGCACCCUCUGAAUAUAUUAUUCGAAAAAUUGAUUAUCAAUAUGGUCUGGUGGGCAUUAAGUAGCAUAUUCACCAAGACCGCCAGGGUUUGAUUCCUCAAUCAGAUGCGAGAAGGAUUGGAUCACCUGCCUGACCAUAGGAGUUUUCUCAAGAUACUCCCAUCUCCUCUUACACUAAGACUAAACCAACAGGAGGAAUUAAAAUAAAAUGGAAAAACUUGUUUCAUACUUUUUGUAAAAUGAAUAAAAUUUAAACAUAAAUCAAUUAUCUAAGGCUCACAUGUAGUUAGCUAUUUGGUUCCAGGCAUCAAAAACUGAUCAAUCAUAGUGACAGUGGUACAUGUGCUUUGCAUGUUAUCAAAGAGAGUGAAUCUGAGAUUAAACCCAGUCAAUUUUGUCACUACGCUGCAGCAUCAUUAAUUUCUAUCUUUAAUCCAAGCAUUACUCUGAGAUCGCAGCUCUACAGGACAAGUCAACGCUAUCCUCUGUGAAGUGGUGCAUACAGUGACCUUAAUUAUGUUAUGACAGAAUCAAUGGGAAUGAGAAGAUAUGUGAUAUUGGAGGGUAACUGUUGGAUUUCAUUUCAUAGACAUGUACAAUGCUGUAACACUUUGUACAUGCUGUAACACUUUGUACAUGCUGUAACACUUUGUACAUGCUGUAAAAAGGCUUAUAACACUAAGAUACAGCUGAACUUAGUAAAGUACAAUGCUGUAACACUUUGUACAUGCUGUAAUAAGGCUUGUAACACUUUUGUACAUGCUGUAAUAAGGCUUGUAACACUAAGAUACAGUUGAACUUAGCAAAGUACAAUGCUGUAACACUACAUGCUGUAAUAAGGCUUAUAUAACUAAGAUACAGCUGGACUAAGUAAAGUACAAUGCUGUAACACUACAUGCUGUAAUAAGGCUUAUAAAACUAAGAUACAGCUGGACUAAGUAAAGUACAAUGCUAUAACAAUACAUGCUGUAAUAAGGCUUAUAACACUAACAUACAGCUGAACUUGGCAGAGUACAAUGCUAUAACACUACAAAAUGUAAAACUACAAUUUUAAAACACUGUGCAGUUCUGUAAUAACAUAGUACAAUAUUGUAGUAAUAUAGUACCAUUCUGUAAUACAGCAGUACAACAUUGUAAUACUAGUGUACAAUGCUAUAACAUUGUAUAAAGCUGUAAUACUUUGUACAACAAUACCACGUGUUUCUCUUCCACAUACUUACUACAGAUGCUGUAUUAUACAGCAGUCAGUAACAUUUAUAGUUCAGUAGGUAUGUAACUUCACAAACCAUAUGUUAACAUUAUAACUGUAAUAAAUUAUUUUAAAAUUUU